AUUGGUCAUUUCAGACCGAGGCAAGUUGUUUUUGUUGUAAUUCAGGAAGAACCCUACUCAUUUCCAAAAUAGGUGGGGAUUUUUGUCAGAAUUACAUUAUUUUGAAAGGAAAUUAUUAUAAUCCUGAGCACUAUCGAGUGUGGAUAGCGAGUUCCUGUGUCGAGCAAAUAGAUACAUUUCCCAUCACCUGCCAAUCAAUCACCAUUCCAGCCCAGCCAGCCCACCUGUGUGGUCGGACCAGAUCUGGCCCGUUGGCAUGGCGAUGAUGGAGGAAGGGGCGCGGAGCUGCCUGCUUCAGUCACGCUCCAGCCUGGAGCAGGACAUCAGGGCUUCCUACCUGAUGGAUCACAUGAUCAGUGACGGCGUGCUGACAGGGGAUGAGGAGGACAGGAUCAGGAGCAAGGUGGGGUGAGGAGCCCACCAGGAGAGAGCAGGCGGCGGCCCUGCUGGAGCUGCUCCUGAGGAAGGAUAACCAGGCCUACAUCUCCUUCUACAACGCCCUGGUCCGCGAGAGCUAUGGAGACCUGGCCAGCCUGCUCCACAACAGCCUGCCCCUGGUCUCCCCUGAGGCUGAGAAGAGCUUCUCAGACGGGGGCACCCGCUAUGUCCAGGCGGUGCUGAGUGAGGGCGGCGUGCCCCAGAGACCCGUGGUGUUUGUGAGCCGGCCAGCCCUGGUGAACCGGGUCAGGGAGAAGCUCUACCGCUUGCAGAAGGAGCCCGGCUGGGUCACUGUGUUCGGCAUGGCCGGCUCCGGCAAGUCUGUCCUGGCUGCGGAGGCAGUCCGAGACCACGCACUCAUCACAGAGUGUUUUCCAGGAGGAGUCCACUGGCUGUCCAUAGGCCAGCUGGACCGGGCUGACCUACUGGUUAGGAUCCAGUCACUGUGUUUCCGCCUGGAGCAGCAGAGCCAGGAGAAAGACCCCUCGUCCUCCCUCCACCGGCCUCCUGGCUCUCUGGAGGAAGCCAAGGAGCGACUACGCUUCCUCAUGCUCCGUCGUUACCCCAGGUCGUUGCUGAUACUGGAUGACAUCUGGGACAGCUCGGUGCUCAGGGCCUUUGACAUCCAGUGUCGAGUUAUGCUCACCACCCGAGACAGAAGCCUAGCCGACUGUGUCAGUGGUUUUAAGUCUGAGGUGGCAGUGGAGAGUGGUCUGGAGGAAGAUCAGGCCUUGGAGAUCCUCGCCCUGUAUGUCAACAGGAAACCCCAGAGACUCCCAGAACAGGCCCGCAGCAUUGUCCGAGAGUGCAAAGGCUCCCCCUUGGUGGUGUCCCUAAUCGGGGCCCUGCUGCGGGAGUUCCCGGACCGCUGGGCCUACUACCUGCACACGCUCCAGCAGAAGAAGUUCAAGCGUAUUCGUAAGUCGUCUUCGUAUGACUACGAUGCCCUUGACCAGGCCAUGGCUGCCAGCAUCCAGGUCCUGUCUGAGGAACACAGGGAGCUGUACAUUGACCUCACCGUGCUGGAGAAGGACGUCAAAGUACCUGCCAAGGUUCUGUCGGUUCUGUGGGAUCUAGAACCGGAGGAGGUAGAGGACGUUCUCCAGGACUUUGUGAACAAGUCCCUACUGUUCCGUGACUGUCACCACCGGCCCUACCUCUACUACCUCCACGACCUCCAGCUGGACUUCCUGGCUGAGAUGAACCGCUCUGAUCUAGAGAGCCUCCACACCAAGGUGGUGCGUCAGUACCAGCAGCGCUACAGCCAGGGUCCCCCCACCUCAGGAGAUGAAGAGUGCCUCUACUGGUUCAGAUUCCUCACCUACCACAUGGCCAAGGCCAACCUCACACAGGAGUUGUACUCUCUGAUGUUCUCUCUGGACUGGGUCAGAACUAAAGCUCAGAUUAUGGGACCGGCUCAUCUCAUCAAUGACUAUGUGGAGUACGGCGCCAUACUGGACAAAGAGAACAGCGAGGUGCGGGGCCACUUCCAGGAGUUCCUGUCUCUGAACGGCCACCAGUUGGAGCAGCGUCCGUUCCCUGACGUAGUGCAGCUGGCCCUGUCCCAGCCAGACUCCUCUGAGGUGUACCGCCAGGCCCUGCUGCAGGCGCAGGAGAGGGCCACCAGAGGGGGACUCUACCUUGACUGGAUGAACAAAAGUAGUCUGAAGAGCCUGUCUCGUCUGGUGGUCCAGCCCCACCAGGGAUCCAUCUACGCUGCCUGCUUCUCCCACGACGGCACCAAGAUCGCCUCCUGUGGCUCCAGCAAGACACUGCGAGUGUUUAAGAGCACCUCUGGGGAGAAGCUGCUGGAGAUCCAGGCCCACGACGAUGAGGUGCUCUGCUGCGCCUUCUCCCCUGAUGACCGUCUCCUAGCAACCUGCUCCAGUGAUAGGAAGGUCAAGGUUUGGAACGUGGAGCGUGGGACUCUGAUGAGGAUGUUUGAGGAGGAACACGAGGAGCAGGUCAACCACUGUCAGUUCACCAACACACGCCGACGCCUCCUACUGGCCACCUGUUCCAACGACAAGUUCAUGAACACCAAGCUGUGGAACAUCAAUAAACCCUCCUCCCAGAACACCAUGUUUGGUCAUUUGGAGCCUGUCAAUCACUGCUGUUUCUCCCCUGAUGACACCUACCUCUCCACCUCUUCCAGCGACGGAACCCUGAAGCUGUGGGAGGUGUCCUCGGCCAAUGAGUGGAAGUCCAUAGACGUGGCGGACAUGUUCCCGGAGCAGAGAGAGCAGACUGCGGUCAUGGUGAAGUGCAGCACCUGGUCAGCAGACGGCAGGACCAUCAUCUGUGCUGCCAGGAACGCGGUCUUUGUGUUUGAUGUAGAGACGGCGGCCAUGUUGUUGGAGAUCCGGACCAGUCGCCUGAGCACGGUGCAGUACUGUCACUCCUGUCCCAGCAGCAACCUGGUGGCCAUCGCACUGUCACACUAUGCUGUGGAGCUGUGGGACAUAGAGACCAGUAAGAAGAUGGCUGACUGUAGUGGUCAUCUGAGCUGGGUCCAUGGAGUCCAGUUCUCCCCUGACGGAUCUCUACUGCUCUCCUGUUCUGACGACCAGACCGUCAGGGUGUGGGAGACCAAUAGAGUCCACACCUCCUCGGCUGUCUGUCUGAAGAGGGACUCUGACGUGCUCUUUAACAACGGUGACAUUACCGUGGUCGCCGCCGACAACCGCAACAGACUGCAGGUGAGGAAUGGGAGGACCGGAGCGGUGGUGUUCCAGUCAGAAGACCAGACGUCUCGUAUCCGCUGCACUGCUAUCUGCUCACAGACCUCAGCCGUGGGGCUGGGACGAGAGGAUGGGACGAUACAGGUGUUGGAGGUGCCAUCGGGGACCUCUCUAGCCACUCUUCAGGGUCACACCAGGACAGUUCUCCACUGCCAGUUCACCCCGGAGGGACACACACUCAUCACCUCCUCUGAGGACACCACCAUACGGGUGUGGAGGUGGAGGACAGGUGAGUGUGUGGUUCUGGAGGGCCACAAGGAGCAGGUCAGAUGCUUCUCUCUGCUCACCACCUCACCCUCAGAGACACAUCUCCUCAGCUGGUCCUUCGACGGCACCAUCAAGGUGUGGGACAUGUCUAGUGGUGAACGGCUGCAGGACCUAGUGUGUCACCAGGGGGCGGUGCUAGCCUGUGACGUGUCGCCUGACGGACAGCUCUUUGCCACCACCUCCGCUGACAAGACUGCUAAGGUGUGGACCAGUGCAUCGUGGGAGUGCGUGCGCCUGUUGAAUGGCCACCAGGACUGUGUCCGCAGCUGCAAAUUCUCUUGGGACGGCCGUCGCCUAGCAACCGGCGACGACAACGGAGAGAUACGGCUGUGGAACAUGAAGGAUGGUACUCUGCUAAAGAUCUGUUCCAGUGACAACAAAGACGCCAUGGACUCUCUGCACGGAGGCUGGGUGACCGACCUGCACUUCUCCCCAGACAACACUGUGCUGCUGUCUACAGGAGGAUACAUUAAGUGGUGGAAUGUGGAGAAAGGGGAGGCCCUCCAGACCUUCUACCCGACAGGAGCCAAUCUGAAAAGGAUCCAUGUGUCACCUGACUUCUCCACCUUCGUCACCAUCGACAAUAUCGGAAUCCUCUACAUCCUGAAGAAGGUGGAAUGAGAGGCAGGCAUAGCUCAUUAGUCUAAAGUGGCUUCCUUAUAGCUCAUUAGUCUAAAGUGGCUUCCUUAUAGCUCAUUAGUCUAAAGUGGCUUCCUUAUAGCUCAUUAGUCUAAAGGGGCUUCCUUAUAGCUCAUUAGUCUAAAGGGGGCGUAGCUCAAUAAUGAAAAUAGUUCUCGUCUCCUCUCCUUGCAUUGAUCUGAAAGAGCCAGACAGGUGAGAGCCAAAGUCCGUUAGUCGUCUGCCAUGUUGCUUUAGCCUGCGCUCUCAGAUCAGAGGAGGUGACGAACAGGAGAUCUGCUAAAGGAAGAAAUACAUCAUUUCUCCUGCUCUGCCUUCUCCUGCAUGCCAUAACAGUCAAAACAAUCACAACAAAAUUCAUAUCCUGACAAAAUAAACUAUUAUGCUUUUCAGGGGACCAUAGACAAAAUGCAUUUGAUUCUUACUGCACUGGGGUAAAUUGCAUGCAAUAUGGAAAGAUUUUUCUAUGCUCUUUUUAACUAGGAAAAUCUAUGCUAUAAUGAAAUGCACCAGCAUUAUCUGUUGUGAUUCUACAGUGAUGUUGUCAAACACAGGGAAUUGGUUUUGUAUUUCUAAGUGCCCAAUGAGUAUUUUGCUUUGUUGUCGUGGCACUCUGCAAAUGGUCAUGAGUGUGUGCUGUCGUCUUAAACAAAGUACAUGCAUUUUCCCCUGUAAAGUUUGGGUGGCAGGGAGCCUAGCGAUUAAGAGCGUUGGGCCAGUAACCUAAAGGUUGCUGGUUCGAAUCUCUUAGCCGACAAUGUGAAAAAUCUCUCUAGGCCCUUCAGCAAUGCACUUAACCAUAAUUUGCUCUUGUAAGUCGCUCUGGAUAAGAGAGUCUGUUGACUAAAAUGUAAAAAUGUAAAGGUCUAAACCUGUGUAUUUGGACUAACUAAAGCCUUAAAGAUGGAGUCCGCAGUAUGAGGAAGCCUCCCUACCACUUUGUCAGAAUAGCAUCUGUCGACUGUUUACUAUCAAGUUCAAUACUGUUUAGGACAGUUAUUUUUUUUUGUACAAGUCCUUUUUUAUUGUAUAUAUCUUGCUUUCAUACAUUUUCUUUUCUUAUUACUACUGAACCACGCUCUAGUGAGCUUUGUAGGAAGGCGCUAUGAUUUUUCUCUUGUGGUCUGUAUCAAGGACAUGGCCUUGUUCCAAUACUUUGACAAUGCGUCCUUCCUUCCUUGCUUCCUUCCUUCCGUCAUUGCUUGACUUCAUCUCUGAUCUGACGCUAUUGAAUAGCUGACCGAUUGCUUCCACUGCAUGGCUGACAAUCCAGAGUCAUUUAAAAUCUGUGAUUAUUGAAAGGAAGGAUGUGUUUUCAAAGUAUUCAAUCUGGGCCUUGUUUUUGAUGUCAGAACAUUUGACCUAUUGGUGCUUUAAACUCAGUGUGCAAGUCAAUCAUCAGAGGAGGUCUCUCCCUGUCAAUCAAAUCUGUGAAGUCUUGAGGUGAUCUCAGGACAUGAAUACUGUUAUGGUAAUGUGCUUGUGUGUGGCGUGUAAUUUAUAAUACCUUAGAGAAUAAAACAUUCUAUGACAGCA